AUGACUAGUAAAGCUCAGUUUUCAGUAGUUGACUAUAUAGUAUUUGCUGGUAUGUUACUAAUAUCAGCUGGUAUUGGUGUUUACCAUGCUUGUGCUGGAGGGAAGCAGAAAAGUACCCGUGAGUUCUUAAUGGCAGAUAAAAGCAUGCAGUUUUUACCAGUGGCAGUGUCGGUGUUGGCAAGUUUUUUCUCGGCCUCUACAUUACUUGGUACACCAGCAGAGAUCUACCAGUUUGGUACUAUGUACUGGAUCUCUGUAUUCUCUGCCGUCCUAGCUCCAUUAACCGGGGCUCUGCUGUUUGGUCCAAUGUUUUAUCGGUUGAAGGUGGUGAGUGUAUUUGAGUAUUUGGAAAUUCGAUUUAAAUCAAAAGCUGUUCGUUUAUUUGGUGCCUUCAUAUUUCUAUUACGAGCGACUUUAGGUAUGGGAAUUGUUUUGUAUGGACCAUCUACAGCUUUAAGUGCAGUUACUGAUAUACCAGUAUGGGCUGUAAUAGUAUCUGUUGGUGCUGUUUGUACCUUUUACACUACCAUGGGUGGUAUGAAAGCUGUUAUAUGGACUGAUGUAUUUCAAACUUUAGUCAUGAUUGCAGGGAUGUUAGCUGUCUUUAUACAAGGUUGUAUUAAUUUUGACGGAAUGUCUGAAGUCUGGAGGAUUGCAAAUGAAGGUGGCAGAAUAACAUUUUUCGAUUUUAAUACUGAUCCACAUAUACGCCAUACAUUUUGGACAUUAAUAAUUGGUAUAUAUUUUGUAUGGCUGCCGCCGUAUACAGUAGAUCAACAAAUGGUACAAAGGUUUUCUUCUACCAAAUCAUUAAAACAUGCAAAAUGGGCGUUGUUAUUGAACAUACCGGGUAUGUUCAUUAUUAUUACAUUAUGUUCUUUAACCGGGUUAACACUAUAUGCUCAGUAUUCCCAAUGUGAUCCUUUGACCAUUAAAGACAUAUCUAAUCCAAAUCAGCUCCUGCCAUAUUUUGUAUUGGAUAUUUUGGGUCAUCUUCAAGGUUUACCAGGACUAUUCGUGUCCAGUUUAUUUAGUGGGGCUUUAAGUUCUGUGUCAUCUAUGUUAAAUUCACUAGCCGCGGUCACAUGGGAAGAUUUUCUGAAAUUGAAAUAUUCUCAUAUACCAGACGAGAAGGCUGCAGUGGUUACAAAAGUAUUAGCUGGUCUGUAUGGAUGUAUUGGUGUUGGUGUGGCAUUUCUAGUAAAAGAAUUGGGAGGUACAGUAUUACAGGCAUCUCUGACUAUAAACGGAGCUAUAGGGGCACCUCUGGUAGGAAUCUUUGUACUUGGUUGUUGUUUCACCAGCACUAACUGGAUUGGAGCACUAGCUGGUGGAAUAUCUGGUCUGGGAAUAGGUGUGUGGCUCAGUGUCGGCGCCUAUCUGACAGAACCAUUGGAUUUUAAACUACCGACAUCAAUAGAGAGCUGUAACAUAACUACCAAUUCUUCCAUCUUGAUAAGUGGUAUAGAAGAAUUGUAUGGGAUAUCAUAUCUAUGGUUUACAGCUAUUGGUAUAUUGGUUACAAUAGUAGUUGGUGUUAUAGUCAGUCUUUUAACAGGUUGGUCUAUUAUAUAUUUGCAGGGAUUUUUAAAAGGUAAGAUUCGCCAUCCGUUUCACCAAUCGUGCAUUGGUUUCAGAAACGAGAAAUAA